AUGAGUAAACGUUCGGCAAGCCCCAGUUCAACGCCUACAAAAAGAGCCAAAAAACAUCUGGUUUCAACGAUUCACAAGCACUACAAGUCGAUCAACAGCCAAGAUGAUUUCAAACACAUGUAUAUUGCAGUUGAGCCCUUGGAUAUCUUCUGUUGGGGUACAGGGUCUAUGUGCGAGCUGGGAUUGGGACCUGCUGCCAAAAACAAGGAGGUGAAAAGACCCCGUUUGAAUCCGUAUCUGGGCAAAGAUCAGGCGAAAAUAGUAUCGUUUGCAGUAGGCGGUAUGCAUGUUUUGGCUUUAGGCCAGGAUAACAGCGUUUGGUCGUGGGGAACCAAUGAUUCUGGAGCUUUGGGUCGCGAAACUUCCGGCGCAAAGGUCCAAUUGAAGGAUAUGGACGCUCAAGACAGUAGUGACGACGAAGAUGGUGACCUGAAUGACGAGGAAAGUACGCCAGCAAAGCUCGAUGGAAACGUUUUGCCCCUAGCAGAAGCCAAAGUCGUACAGCUGGCAGCCACCGAUAAUCUCAGUGCAGUGUUGCUCGACAACGGAGAGGUCUACGCCUGGGGUACUUUCAGAUGCAACGAGGGUACAUUGGGGUUCUACAAAGAUACUAUCAGUGUACAAAAAACUCCUUGGAAGAUUCCCAAAUUUUCCACCUCUAAGAUUGUUCAAAUGGCAGCCGGAAAAGAUCAUAUUUUGUUCUUGGACGAAGCUGGGAUCGUAUAUGCAUGGGGUAACGGUCAGCAGUACCAGCUUGGCAGAAAAAUUCUGGAGCGCUCUCGUCUGAGAACUCUAGAUCCCAGAGCCUUUGGUCUCGACAACAUUAAGCACAUUGCGUCCGGUGAAAACCAUUCAUUUGCUCUCAGUAAUGACGGCAAGCUUUAUAGCUGGGGCCUCAACCAAUUUGGUCAAUGUGGUGUCACCGAGCAAGUCGAGGACGGCGCUUUGGUAACAAUUCCCACCGAAGUGCUACUGCCAGAGGGCACUAAAGUGAAGAUGGUCGCUGCCGGAGAACAUCACUCUCUCGUGCUGUCAGAAGAAGGAGAGCUUUACACCUUUGGUAGGUUCGAUAUGUUUGAGAUCGGAAUAGCCAAAGAUAAGUUACCUGAGCAGACUUAUAUCGAUGCACACAACAAGCCUCGUGCUGUCCCAGUUCCAACUAAGCUUGAGGAUGUUCCUCGUUUCAAGAAUAUAGCUGCCGGCUCCCACCACUCGCUCGCUAUUUCUGAAGAUGGUGUUGUCUUUUCAUGGGGAUUCGGAGAAACCUAUGCUGUAGGAUUGGGUCCUUCUGGAGAUGACAUAGAGGUUCCUACCAGAAUCAAAAACACAGCAACCCAAGACCAUAAUAUUAUGUUUGUUGGUGGCGGUGGACAAUUUUCUGUUUCUGGUGGUGUGAAAUUGAAGGAGGAAGACGCAGAAAAGCGUGCCGACAAAUAUGACGAUUGA